AUGGGCGACUGGAGUUUCCUGGGGAACAUCCUGGAGGAGGUGAAUGAGCACUCCACGGUCAUCGGCCGCGUGUGGCUCACGGUGCUUUUCAUCUUCCGGAUCCUCAUCCUUGGCACGGCCGCGGAGCUCGUGUGGGGGGAUGAGCAGUCCGAUUUCGUGUGCAACACCCAGCAGCCAGGCUGCGAGAAUGUCUGCUACGACGAGGCCUUCCCCAUCUCCCACAUCCGCCUCUGGGUCCUGCAGAUCAUCUUCGUCUCCACGCCGUCGCUGGUGUACGUGGGGCACGCGGUGCACCACAUCCGCAUGGAGGAGAAGCGCAAGGAGCGCGCGGCCGAGGAGCUGGGCCAGCAGUCGCCUGGCAACGGCGGCGGCGAGAGGGCGCCCCUCCCAGCGGACCAGGGCAGCAUCAAGAAGGGCAGCGGCAGCAGCAAAGGCACCAAGAAGUUCCGGCUGGAGGGGACCGUGCUGAGGACCUACGUCUGCCACAUCAUCUUCAAGACCCUCUUUGAAGUGGGCUUCAUCGUGGGCCACUACUUCCUGUACGGUUUCCGGAUCCUGCCUCUCUAUCGCUGCAGCCGGUGGCCCUGCCCCAACGUGGUGGACUGCUUCGUGUCACGGCCCACCGAGAAAACCAUCUUCAUCCUGUUCAUGCUGUCCAUGGCCUCUGUGUCCCUCUUCCUCAAUAUUCUGGAGGUGAGUUACCUGGCCCUGAAGAAAAUCCGAUCUGCCUUCAAGAAGCCAGUGGAGCAGCCGCUGGGGGAGAUUCCUGAGAAGUCCCUCCACUCCAUUGCUGUCUCCUCCAUCCAGAAGGCCAAGGGCUACCAGCUCCUCGAAGAAGAGAAAAUCGUGUCCCAUUAUUUCCCUUUUACUGAGGUUGGGAUGGUGGAGGCCAGCCCACUUUCUGCCAAGCCUUUCAGUCAGUUCGAGGAGAAGAUGGGCACCGGGCCCCUAGGGGACUUGUCCAGGGCCUACCAAGAGACACUGCCUUCCUACGCUCAGGUGGGAGCCCAGGAGGGGGAGGAGGAGGGGCAGACUGCGGAGGCGGGAGAGAAGAGGCAGGAGGCAGAGAGAGUGAGCACGGAAGGCCAGGAGACCCUGGCCGUGCUGGAGGGGGAGAAAAUGGAGACCCCCGAAGUGGGGAAGGAGGUUGAGAAAGAAGAGCUGACGCCUGAGAAGGUAUCACAGCAGGGGCUGCCGCCUGAGAAGGCGCCUUCACUGUGUCCGGAGCUGCCCGGGGAUGACCCCAGACCCCUGAGCCGGCUGAGCAAAGCCAGCAGCCGGGCCAGGUCAGACGAUCUAACGGUAUGA